AUGGGGCUUAGUCAACUUCCUCUUGUGCUCUUGCUGAUUUCAAAUAUCCACUCUGGACAAACUGAAGGAAGACCAAAACCCACAGUAACCAUUACGCCUGCUCAACAUGUAUUCAGAGGAGAUACAGUCACUCUCAGAUGUGACAUAUAUGGUGGAGGAGUCAAUAGCUGGCGCUACUACUGGUAUAAAGAAGGUUUAUACAGUGUUUUCAGUGAUCAACAGGAACACACAUUCAGGUCUGUUACUGAGUCUGAUGCAGGUAAAUACUCCUGUGAUGGAUUCAUUGGAUCAAACGGCUCUAAUCGCAGUGAUACAGUUACACUGACAGUAUCAGAUUUUCCUAAACCAACUCUGACUGUUGAGCCACAGAGUUCAGUGUUCACCGGAGACUCAGUUACUCUGAGAUGUGAGGGGAUUCAGUCACAGUAUGGAUGGGAGUUUCUCUGGAGAAAAGACUCAAACACUGAAACUAUUGAAGCUGCAACUAAAACAAUCAAUCGUGUGAAAGCCUCUGAUAGAGGAGAGUACAGCUGCAGAGCACGAAGAAGAGAAUAUUACACAGAUUACAGUGUGCCAGUAAUGGUGAAAAUAUACGAAAAACCAAAACCCACAGUGAAAAUUAAACCUGCUCAACCUGUGUUCAGAGGAGAGACAGUCACUCUCAGAUGUGACAUAUAUGGUGGAGGAGUCAAUAGCUGGCGCUACUACUGGUAUAAAGAAGGUUUAUACAGUGUUUUCAGUGUUCAACAGGAACACACAUUCAGGUCUGUUACUGAGUCUGACGCAGGUAAAUACUCCUGUAAUGGAUAUAUGGCAUCACACGGCACUCACCGCAGUGAUAAAGUUACACUGACAGUAUCAGAUCCAGUGGCAGUUUUAAGUGUUUCUCCACAGAAGUGGUUGACUGAAGGAGAUCCAGUGACUCUGAUCUGUCAGGUUCACAGCUUCUCUACAGGCUGGAUAUUCAGCUGGUUCACUUUAAACGUCUCAGCAGGUCAGCUCCAUCAUUAUCAUCUAUUCUCAGAGAGCAGCAGAGGAGCAGGAGGAAACUACACGGUCAGUUCUGCUGCUCUAAAUCUCACAGGAGUUUAUGUGUGCAGAGCAGAGAGAGAGAAAUCAGUCUAUAAAACACAGUACAGCAACACACAGCUGCUAUGGGUCAUUGGUGUUUCUCCUCCAGUCUCUCUGAUCAUCAGUCCCAGCAGAACUCAACACUUCACAUAUGCCUCUCUCUCUCUGAGCUGUGAGGACCAGAGUAACUCUACUGGAUGGAGAGUGAGAAGAUACACAGACGGUGGACGGCUGGAAGAUUGUUCAUUACGUCGAGAAUCUACAUGUUCAAUCAGCUCCACCAAUGCAUCAGACACUGGAGUGUACUGGUGUGAGUCUGAAUCUGGAGAGAAACAUCAUCCUGUUAAUAUCACUGUACACUCUGGUGUGAUUCUGGAGAGUCCUGUUCACCCUGUGACUGAAGGAGAUAAUCUGAUUUUACGCUGUUUAUAUCAACUUAAACCCCCAUCAUACCUCAGAGCUGAUUUUUAUAAAGAUGGAUCACUCAUCCAGAAUCAAACUACAGAGAUGAGCAUCACUACUGUCUCAAAGUCACAUCAGGGUUUCUACUACUGCAAACACCCGAGAGGAGAGUCACCCAAGAGCUGGAUCUCAGUCAGAGCUUCCACAGACUCAAGAUCUGAUGGUCUCAAUCCCAUGAUAAUUGGAGGGACUGCUGGACUUACUGUUGCAGUUUUGAUCAUUGUCUUCUUGGUCCUGCUGUGGUGCUACAGAAACAACAAAGAUGAUGUAAGUGGGCCUCAUGAACACAUCUAUGCUGAGAUUGAACUGAUAUCUGUAACAAAGAAGAAGAAAAAGAAAGAAGACAAAGGUGCUGAAUUUAGUGAUGGGACAUAUGCUCAGGUUACAUACUGAGAGUUUCUGUGGAGAAUGUGUGGAAACUUUUUAGGAUAAUAAAUGAACUAUAAUGUGCUUUAUUGAGCACCUGAUGGCAAUAGAUUUAUCAUUACUUAAAAUUUGUGAUUCAAAUGAUCAUGUGCUUCAGAAAGUAUGCAUGCUAAUCUAUGAUUAUACAUUGGAGAAAAAAAGAAAGAAAAAAGUAAAAUUUUCCUGGAAAACCUGAAAAUAUUAAGAAAUUUUAAUAUUGUGAUUUCUGAGUCUGGAAAAGUUUUCUUUGAAUGUAAAUGUAUAUAGUGAAAAUAAAUGUAUACUUUUUUAAAGAUAUAACUAGCUAACUUCAACUAAAAAAUAUUUUAUUGGCUAGAAAGUCUUAGCUCUUUUAGUUUAACAUCUGAAAAAUAAAUAAAUAAGCCAUGGAAAUAGAUUCAUCAAAUAGUUAUAGAUUGCAUGUUUGUUUUAUCUUAUUUAUGUCUUAUCAUAUAUUAAUUUUUAAAAAGUGUUUGUGUAUUAGAAAAAUGUUUUAUACACAUUUUUUAAACAUUUGGGGUCAGAGAGUUUUUUUAAAACAUGUAUUUUUAUUAUUAUUAUUAUUACAUAGAAAAAAAACAUUUUGGUAAGCAACAAAGCAUAACAUAUUAUUUUUUUAACACUGUUUUCAACCGUGAUAACAAGAAAUGUUUCUUAUUCAGAACAUUUUGAAUGAUAUUCAGAAUAUUACAAUGAUUUUUUAAUUAUGUGUCAAUGAAUACUGAAAAUUCACCUUUGAUCACAGGAAUAAAUUACAUGUUUUAAAUAUAUUUAAAUAGAAAAGUUAUUUUAAAUUUCGUUAGUAUUUCACAAUAUUGUUUAUACUAGUACUGCAAUACUAUUUUUACUGUAUAGUUGGUCAAAUAAAUGCACCCUUGGUGAGCAGGAGAGACUGCCUAAAAAAAAAAAAAAUAACUUUUGAAUGGUUAUAAACAUACUUUUGUAAUUUUAUUGAAAUAUUAUUUAAGAAAAAUUAUUUUCAUUCCAAAGUUUUAAUUGUUAGGUUUCUUUGUUAGACAUUAAUGUUUAAUGUUCAAAAACAUAUUCUCUGAAAAAAAUCUAAUGUGGAACUUAACUUAGGAAACAAUUUCUUAAUAAAAAGUACCUAUAUAUACUGUAGUCUACUAUAUUUGAGAAUAUUAAUGUGCCAAAAUGUUUGUGCAGUGCUUAAUUUUGAAAACCCAAUAAAU